AACUCAACCCGCAUCCCUUGAGCGACUCAGCCCCCGGAGCCAUGUCAGAGAAUGUUGCCGAUAACCUUGUGGCGGGACAUUCUUGUGAUUCUGCCACCAGAAUUUUCCUGAACCCCGGGUUGAAAAGUGUCGCGUUGGGUAUAUCUGACAUGCACUUCACUCGAUGGCGCUCCUCUCCUUUAAAAGUUGUUUUCUCUUGGUUGGGUAGCGCAGUCUAUAUCAGUUUUUCUCAGAGUAUCCUCGCUCAAUGCAGUCCAACACCGCGCUCAACGAUCCUACUUCUGAUCGGAUAUGCCCUCGUCUGCUUUCUACACCAAGAGUCAACGCUCCCAGGGAACUCAACGGAUUCCAUGGCGACCAGGGCCUCUUCUAACUCUCGUAGCGUUAUUCUUCCUCGCUGUCGCAUCUACUGUCGGACUGUCGGUAUCUGCUGUCGCCUUUAGUGACACCCCCGACCUAGCGAAGCCAGGACGUGGCAUCGCGCAAAGCUUUGUUUUGUUCGCAAGCAUACUCUCGCUGCUCCACGUCUCGCUGCACCUCUCCGUGUCCCGCAAGGACGAGAUCCUCUACUUCGACCCUCCCAUACCGUCAUUCCGCCACCAACUUCAUGCUUGGACGACCAUCGUGAUAUGGAUCGCAGCCGCCAUGUGGGCGGGUGCCACCAUCGGCGUGGCUGUCUUGCUUUACCAAGGGAGAGGAGGCAGUAUCACAGUCCUUGUCAAGGUCGACAUGUUUGCUUGCGCUACGGGGCUGCUGUUUGGCUGCGUGGUGCUCGGUGUGGUGCGGUUCGCAAACCAGCCUUUUACGCUGCCCUGGAUAUCUCCUGCGCGACCCGAAGCGGACACGUCCAGUAAUGGGGACUUCGACGACAAAACCAGCCGCAUCACCCGAGGGUCGACCAGUACCGACGAAACCCUCCGCGGCUCACCCGCCGAGAGAUCCAAAGCACCAUCGAAGGCGCCGAGUAGUAACACCAGCAGGUCCACAUCGCCUAGCCGGUCCAAGACCAAGAGGAUGAUGCGAACCAGACGCUACAUCCUCGAGGCAACACCAACGCCAGUCGUGCUGUCCCCGUUGAAACCUCAACGCUCCGGCGAUUCCGGCGGCUCAAGCAACCCACCGAUCGGCACCCAAAGGGACAAAUCGAAUGUGGAGGGCAAACUGGUCCCGAGCGCUACGGAGUCUGAGUCCUUCUUUGCCGCGAGCACGACUGACUUCCCCGAACAAAAGGCAAAGAGCGGCCCUUUGGUCACAGAGAGACCCGUCACGCCGGAGACGACGAUCGGCAGUGUCACGCCUCGGAGCAGCAGCAUCACCACCACCGCCGCCACCGCCACCGUCACCGUCCAGCGUCCGGCCAGGGUUGCUAUGGUGCCGGUUGUGCAGCUGGGAUUUGGGGAUAGUCCUACAAAGUUCAGGCUCAAGAGGAAGAGUGUAGCUCCGCCAGUGGAUGUGUUGCCGCAGAGUAGUGGCCUGAGUGGUGCUGUAUCGGGAGAAUUAAAGAGUGGUGGGUUUGUGGCGCCUUCUCCCCCUCCUCCUCCGCCGCCACCGCCGCCGCCGGCGGUUUACUAUGUCCCUGGGUCAUGGGUACCGAAGUUUCAUUCUUAUGGGGGGAUGAGUUGGGAUGAUUGAGUCCCUUGAUCCAAAAACGUCAUCCGUAAUGGAUGCUGAGUUCGAUUUUGAAUCUUAGCGAGGCUAUUGGACCGAAUCAAUGAGGAGAUGACCAUAUCUACAUUGCAGUUCACACCUAGCACCGUAGAUUGCUGAAGCGGUAGUAAUUUG